AUGUGACCCGGUCCGACAUGGUGUCGCCUCCUCCUGGGGCAGCGGCGGUGGCGGCUCGGGUUGGGCUCCGCGUCGGGCCGGCCCCGCGGCCGCUCAUGGGCAGCCAGGGCCGCUCGGGGCCCCCCGGGAACGGCGGGGCAGGCGAGGGCGAGGGCGGAGAGGCGAGGAAGCUGCAGGAAGGGAGGGUCGCGAGGGGGAAGCGAAGGAAAGGGAAGGGGAAGGGAAAAGCGAGCGCAGGGCAAGGCGGAAGAGGAAGCGGGGCAGAAGGGAAGCCCGGGCCGCAGACGGCGAAGGAGGCAGCGGGGCCAAGGGCUGAGGCGGGAGCUAGGGCAGGCCCGAGGGAGGAAGCAGAGGGAGGCGGAAGCGUGGAGGAAGGGGCGAGAGGCAUCAGGGGAGAUAAGGAGAGCGCAGGGACCGGGAAGGAGGCGCAAGGAAAAGAGUAUGGGAAGAAAGAGGAAUGGAGGGUCAGGGCUAGGCGGCGGGAGGGCGCCAGGCCGGGAAGAGCACAGGGACGAGGGGGCCAGGCUUGGGCCGACAUCGCGGGGACUGGGGCGGCCAUGGCGGCGGCUGCCGGGGAGGAGGAGGAAGAGGAGGAGGAGGAAGCUGCUCGGGAGUCCGCUGCCCGCCCGGCCGCGGGGCCUGCGCUCUGGCGCCUGCCGGAGGAGCUGCUGCUGCUCAUCUGCUCCUACCUGGACAUGCGGGCCCUCGGCCGCCUGGCCCAGGUGUGCCGCUGGCUGCGGCGCUUCACCAGCUGCGACCUGCUCUGGCGCCGGAUAGCUCGGGCCUCGCUCAACUCCGGCUUCACGCGGCUCGGCACCGACCUGAUGACCAGUGUCCCAGUGAAGGAACGGGUGAAGGUGUCUCAGAACUGGAGACUGGGGCGCUGCCGAGAGGGGAUUCUGCUGAAGUGGAGAUGCAGAGUCUCCCUCUGCUUCCCAGGCUGGAGUGCAGUAGUACCAUCUUGGCUCAUUGCAAGCUCCGGCUCCCGAGUUCAAGUAUUCUCCUGCCUCAGCCUCCUGAGUAGCUUGGAUUACAGUCAGAUGCCUUGGAUGCAGCUAGAGGAUGAUUCUCUGUACAUAUCUCAGGCUAAUUUCAUCCUGGCCUACCAGUUCCGUCCAGAUGGUGCCAGCUUGAACCGUCGGCCUCUGGGAGUCUUUGCUGGGCAUGAUGAGGAUGUUUGCCACUUUGUGCUGGCCAACUCGCAUAUUAUCAGUGCAGGAGGAGAUGGGAAGAUUGGCAUUCACAAGAUUCACAGCACCUUCACUGUCAAGUACUCGGCUCAUGAACAGGAGGUGAACUGUGUGGAUUGCAAAGGGGGCAUCAUUGUGAGUGGCUCCAGGGACAGGACGGCCAAGGUGUGGCCUUUGGCCUCAGGCCGACUGGGGCAGUGCCUACACACCAUCCAGACUGAAGACCGAGUCUGGUCCAUUGCUAUCAGCCCAUUACUCAGCUCUUUUGUGACAGGGACGGCUUGUUGCGGUCACUUCUCACCCCUGAGAAUCUGGGACCUCAACAGCUGCAGUGGAGACACCUGGGCAGCAGGAUGGGUUGACCUCUCAGGGAUGUGGCCACACACUGCUUGCUUCUUCCUCUCCAGUGGGCAGCUGAUGACACACUUGGGUAGUGACUUUCCCCCAGGGGCUGGGGUGCUGGAUGUCAUGUAUGAGUCCCCUUUCACACUGCUGUCCUGUGGCUAUGACACCUACGUUCGCUACUGGGACCUCCGCACCAGUGUCCGGAAAUGUGUCAUGGAGUGGGAGGAGCCCCACGACAGCACCCUGUACUGCCUGCAGACAGAUGGCAACCACCUGCUGGCCACAGGUUCCUCCUACUAUGGUGUUGUACGACUGUGGGACCGGCGCCAAAGGGCCUGCCUGCACGCCUUCCCGCUGACGUCAACCCCCCUCAGCAGCCCUGUGUACUGCCUGCGUCUCACCACCAAGCAUCUCUAUGCUGCACUGUCUUACAACCUCCAUGUCCUGGAUUUUCAAAACCCAUGACCAUCAGGGCCACCCCUGCCUACGGGCCAGGGAAACCAGCUACUCAGGGACCUCUCGUUUGGAGGAUGCAGUGAUAACUCUCCCACUGCCCCACUAUGCUCCUGGACCUGUGACCCCAGUGCUUGGGCACCUUGCCCUAGAAUCUCUGACUCCUGGGGCUUGGGAGCUUACCAGAGAUGCAGUCCCUCCCAGGAAUCUGUUAGAGAGGCAGGACCUGCUGCUUUAGAGGAGUACGGCUGAACCGGGGCCUUGCGUUCUGGAGAGGCCCAUCUUACACCCCUUAUUAGAGCCAUGACAGCCUGCAGAGGUGAGGAGCUCCCACCUUCCCAAAUGGUUCCUUUCUGCCCCUUCAUAGACGGAAAGGUGAGGCUGCCAAUAGCCCCCUGGCACCAGCCAGACUUCACCCUUGACCAUCCUCUCGGGGCUGGGGGUUCAUUCCUGGGGCACUGUGGCCUGGUUUUGCUUUGAAACCAAGAAAGGGCGGUUCUGAUUGAGUUCUGAGCCAGCCCUACCUCAGGCUGGCUGUGGAGACAUGCUACAAUUUUCAUUUUUGUAAAAAUAAAGCUUGACUGUUAA